AUUAUGAAUAAUCCAUAAUAUAAAUGUAAUUAGAGGAAAAUUUAAAUAGAUAAUGGAUGGUAAUAAAAAUAUGAUGGUAAUGAAUCAUUGCAAGUGAUGGUAAAUGGCCAUGGAGAACGUUGAGGGAGGAUCUCCUUUUACAGGGACGGGGUCUCAGUCUGGACAGUGCCGCCAUUUCUAUCUUGCGGUUGACAGGCUUCAGUUCAAGAUGCAAACGGUGGUGGAUCUGCUGGGCCUUGUGGGGCGACGACCCUCCCUUCCAAUGGUUGUGUGCUGCAGCAGCCGCGACGACCUUGACUGUCUCUGCUCCGCCGUGUCCGGCCUCCCCUUCAUCUCCUCUUCCCCUCUCUACAGCGACCUUUCUGAACACCAACGCGCUUCUACUCUCGACAAGUUUCGCCACUUGAACCACCCCACUGACCAUGACGACGACGACAAGGAGCGCACCUCCCAUAUGAUCAUCGUCACCGACGCCUGCCUUCCUCUGCUUUCUUCCGGGGAGUGUCCCCUGAACGCUCAUCUUCUCAUCAACUACGACCUACCCCCGAAGAAGGAAACUUAUGGCAGGCGUUUAGCCACUUGUUUAUCACCUGAUGGUGUUGUGAUCAAUAUGGUUGUUGGUGGGGAAGUCGUUACUCUCAAAGCUAUUGAAGAAAGCAGCAAUAUUGUCAUGCAAGAGAUGCCAAUGCAGAUUCUUGACAUUUUAUGAAGAGUGAAACCAGAUAAAUGAAUCUCUCAGUGUUCUGUGUCCCAUCACAGCUAUAGACAUUCCCUUUUUUUCCCUUAUUCCUUCAAACUAUUUUGCAUGAGUACUUUUUUUCUAGGUUCAGAUUCAGAUUACAUUAAAUGUUCUGUCCUUAGAUAUAUCUUGUUAUAUAUUGUUGAAAUUUGUAAAGAUUAAAUGGGAAGGAAACUUUUAAACAGGCUGAUAGGUAAAGACUAGUUACCAAGCUGCUGAUAGUGUGGCUACCAAUGGUACCCUUCCUUCCAGAGCAAAAUUCAUCAUAGUAGUGAGUUGAUUCAUGGUGAUAAAUUCAGAACAGAAAAGAGCUUCAUGUAAUUUUAAAAUAGUUGAACCAAGUACCAAAUAAAAAAGGUAGUUUAUUUUAGACAAAUUAGCAUAAUUUAUUGAAGCAGCUUGUUUUCGUAGCAUUCAGCCUCUUAAUCUAUGGCAAGAUGGUCAUUGGUCAUAUCAUUGUGUAUGUAUGCUGGCAAAACUGAUUGGGAGGCGCAAGUGUUAAGGUCUGAAGAGUUGAUUGGCAGAGGUGAAGAGAAUGAUAGUGAAUGAGGGCAUGAAGGGACUGAUAUCUGCUUAAUAAAUUAGCAGCUAACCUAGUCCUUACUAAAUGUCGUUUUUAAUGACGAAUGACUUCUUUAGUAGCUCUUCUAUUUUCUCGAGUCUAUAACUAUAUAUAAUAAUUUGUUAAAAUAUAUAUUAAAAAUAAAUUACACUAUAUAUAUUUAUAUAUAAUAAAUAUACUAAUUUGAUCAAAGAAAGGUAACAUGGUAUAAUAAUUUUUAAUUUUAUAAAAAAAAGGUAAUAUACAUGGAUGAAAUUGAAGGGAUAUAAAUUAGGAUUGUUAUUUUUUGCUAUAUGGUAUAUAAAGUGAGAUCUUUAACUACUUUCAACUUAAAACCAUGAGUGUGGAAAUUAGGUACACUAUUUGGCAGAAGUGUAUGGAACAGGGGUUUAUAUAUACGAGGAGAUGGUGUUGUUUGGUAUUAGCAAAGAAAAGAUGUCAAAGGAGAGUGUUAAGAGGAGAUAAUGCAUUUGAUGUGAAUAGCUUUAGAUAUUAUGAGUGUUAAUUUCUGCACAAAGGUGAAGCAUGAAUACUUGGUUUGGCACUUAUCAUUGAAAGUCUGCGAGUUUUUUGGGAGAUGAAAGUCUAGCUAUGUGGUGGCUCAAAGGUGAACAUCUAGUGUGUUUUUGUAAUCAUCUAGACCUUUCUUUGUUGUUGUUGCAGGAUUUUGUGUGUUUGGGCUUUGACGUGAUUGGUUUUGAUUGAUUAUUUAUCCUGAUGGCAUUGUUGAAGGGGAUUUUAAUUAAUUAAGGAUUAGUCUUUGUACGUUUCUUUUUUUCUUGGGUAAGGUUGUAACUUAAUAAUCGAAAAAAAGAAUAUACUAAUUUGAUCAUUGUUUUUAUUAUAUAAAUAGUAUUUUGUAUAAAGAGAUAUUCUUCAACCAGCCUAAAGAGAAUAUAGGCAUACACAAGUUGGAAUAAUAAAACAUAGUAUUCUCAGCCACAACUACUCAUGAUCUCUGAAUUUCUUCUAUGUUGAUAAGCUAAAUUAAUCCUCCCUCAAACGAAGUAACCAACUUAAUUAGUCUUGAAUGAAUUCAUAGCAUGUUAUACUUCCUAAUUAGUCUCUUCCCUUAAUUAGCCUCCUUGAAGCUUUUAGUUAAUGAAUGGGUUCUAAGCCUAUCGUCCUUGUGUUGUUGUUCAUCACUUCCACCAGCAUUAUUAUGGCAGAAGAUGAAGAUGCCGCGAUGUAUAAACUGUUGGAAGCCCUUACUCCAACUCCAUAUGGUUGGUCCAAGAACACCUCCCACUGCAACUGGAAAGGCGUGACGUGUGAUACCUACAACUCAGUGGACUGUCACUCAACGGAAUACUGCCCCCCAAUCUCAACGACCUCUCCGAUCUCAUCCAACUCGACCUCUCUCAAAACAAUCUCACGGGGCCGGUGCCUGUCCUCACCGACCUCUACUACCUCGAAGAAGUCAACUUGGCCUUCAACAAAUUCACUUGCAUCAAUCACACUUCCUUCAAAGAUCUACUCGCCUAAGCAACAAUCUCGCGCCAUGGACCUUCUCCGACUCUAUCAGUCUCAGUCAGAGUGACAGUGAUCUUGAAUAUCUACACCUCAGCGCCCACCUUACCAGAUAUAUUCAUGUCCUUCCCCAGAUUGCGAGAAUUGCUUCUCUCUAUAACAACCUCACUGGGGAAAUCCCCAACUCUUUAGCACAAACUGGAAUGUAGAUUUUAGCCCUUGACAGCCAGAAAUCAGGCUUCUCAGGCUCCAUAGAUGUGCUCUCCAACAUGAUCCACUUGAAGGAGGUGCGACUCCAACAUAACUAACUAACUUCCACUAUUUGACUGAAUUGAGGCUUCACAACAAUUUCUUAACCGGUACGGUUCCAUCUUUUUUGGCGGCUCUACCCCGGUUGAACCAACUUUCUUUGGAGAACAACAUGCCGACGGGUCCAUUACCAAAGUUUGGAAAGCAUUUGAACCUCACUUUCCAACCAAUCAACAGGUUGUGUCCACAAUCUGAAGGACUCUGUGACUAGAUGGUUUUGCCUGAGAUUGCACAAGCAUUUGGGAAUCCAAUUCAGUUGGCCAGUUCAUGGAGAUGGGACAACACUGAUUGCCAAGAUUAGAGUUUCAUUGUGUGCCAACAAGGGAACGUCGUUGUUGCUAUGAAUUUGUCAAGCCAAGGUUUAACGGGCUUGAUCCCUCCUUCGUUUGCUAAUUUAAGUGAUUCGAAGAAUUUGAAUUUAAGUGGAAAUAAUUUGAGGGGUUCAAUAUCUAAGAGCUUCACAACAUUGCUUCUCCUAGAGUUUCUAGACUUGUCUUAUAACAACCUAUCUGGAGAGGUUCCUAUAUUUCCACCAAAACUGAAGCUGAAUAUCACCAAUAAUCCCUUGCUUCAAAGUUUCCCAAUUCCUUGGAGGAUAGCUGGUAUUUUCAUAAGAAUUUCAUUGCACUAG